AGUUUUAGUAAAUAAAACAAACAAUACACACAGACUCAAAGACACUCACCUGAUUUAAAAGGUGCAGUAAAACCAAGUUUAUCAACGGAAUUAUUUUGGCUAAAAAGCCUGCGAAUUAAGACGAUUUGAAACUUCCUAAAAAAAACAACAAGAUGCCAGCGGCCAGUUCUCAUCCACGUCUAUUCUUCUAUUUACUCUGUGUGGCCUCACUUUUGGCUGUCUCAAAAUCGGAUACCGGUAGUACAAAGAAUACAUAUUUUAUGUCAUAUUUCUAUUAUUUAGUUAUUAACUUUAUCAAUCCCUUUGCCAUGCCCAUAUUCUAUCGCUUUGUACAUAAUUUGCCAUUGCAAGCUCCAGCCGAUGAUCUGGCUUAUGAUGCAGCCCUUCAAUUGGGCUUACUAAAUCAUCGCUUAAAUCUUCUGGCCCACGAAGAAGAGGCAAGACAACUGAAUUUGGCCAAUGUAACGAUAAAUAAUUUGGUUAGCCGUAUACCCUGCAAUUGUGAUACGGGUCUCUGCAAAUGUUGUGCAGGCUUCCUUUCGGUAAUUGGAAUGAAUAGCUGUACGGAAAUUGCCUAUCGUCCGGAUGAGUUUUCCUUUGAGUUACGCAUGCGUGUUAACAAUAAUAUUUGGUUCCGUCGCAAGGUCUCUGGGCAGAAUCCGCCACCGUUUUGCUUUCGUCCACCGCGCUUUAAUUUCGCACGGGCAUGCAUUCAAUUCCAUGAUAUUUGGUUUGUCGGACGUAAUAUGCACGUGUGUAUGUACAUGUCCGGAGAGUUUCAGGGUUUCGAACUAUUCGAACGCAACUUUGAUUGCCUUUUAUUUGGCGAUCAUGGCGUCAAGAUUGUUCCCCCAGAGCAGGGUUAUCCUGUGCGACCCAACGAUGUGGAUAUAGAUGAUGCUGAGGAUGAAAUCGAAGACUAUGAUGAGAAUGUUGUGAGGAGUUUGGCUGAGAAAAUGAUUGGCUGA